AGGACAUCAUCAUCUCGUCGCUAGUCGCUCGGUGCGGGCUAAGGAGCUGCCGAGGAUACAUUGUGCUGCUGACAGCUCCGACCAGGAAAAGGGAAAGGGUGUGGAUCUACCAAGGAAAGCAACUGCUGGCACCGGCGCCCUCUCGAAACUCGAAAUCCAGACGCGUCGAUUGAUGCUCGAAGCACAAGCGUUGGACGCCAUUUGGGAUCUCUCACCUCAGUGCGAACCCGCUUCCUCCGAGCCCCAGGCCCCCAUACUCUAACGGAUCCAACGAUCAUGCAAAAAUAGCGCAUGCAUAUGCGACAUUCUCGACUACUGCAAUCUGCAACCCUUCCUUUCUUGUUCUCUGACCCCUUCUCUGGCUACUCCUUGACGCGGAUACCUCGUGUAAAGCGCACCAUCGCCAUGUCUACCGUCGCUUCUGCCCCAAUGUCUGGGCAGCACAACACAGACCCUCGACGAAGGCGACGUGGGAAUUUCAUUGUUGUAGAAGGCUUGGAUCGCGCUGGCAAGUCGACACAAGUUGAUCUCCUAGUUCAGCGCUUCCUUCGUGGAGAUCGUUUCUCCAGCGAGCACCGCGAAGGCGUCUCAAUUGCAGCCCAACACCAACGGGACGCUGGAAGCCAGGCACCAGCGUCUCAUGAAGAGGAUGGCCCAACUGCGGAAGCAGUAGAAAAAGCGAUCGUGUACAAGUUUCCCGAUCGCACAACCCCGAUCGGCAAGAUGAUCGACGCGUACCUCCAGUCGCAAACCGAUAUUGACGACCGGGCCAUUCAUCUGCUAUUCAGUGCGAAUCGGUGGGAAGCCAUGCAGCGCAUCAAAGCCAUCCUCUCACGUGGUACCACGAUCAUCUGCGACCGCUACGCCUUUUCUGGAGUUGCGUACUCCGUCUCCAAAUCACCCUCCACCCCAUCGUCGACCAGCGUGCUGCCAGCGUCAGCAGCGCUCUCCUACGCCUGGUGCCGGGCACCCGACUCCGGUCUGCUGCAACCGGACCUCGUCAUCUUCCUCGACAUUGCGCCGGAUGUCGCGCGCCAGCGCGGCGCGUACGGCGCAGAGCGCUACGAGCGUGAAGAUAUGCAGCGCCGUGUGCGCGAAGCGUUCCUUGUCAUCCAGCGCGAUGUCACCGCCGCUGCGCAUCCGCUCGCGUGGAGCACAAUCGACGCGGGUCGCAGCGUGGACGAAGUGCACGAGGAGAUGUGGCAGGCGGUCCAGGCUUGCCAGCUGCGUUCCACUCAGAAAGCAGGCAGCGGUACAGUGGAUGCAGACGAGUUUGACAUGUCAUUGUUCACGCACGAUCCUCCUCGUGAUUCGAAUCAUGUAUGACAGUAGUCCAA